ACUCUGCAGCCUGCACACCACUUCAAACAGACCAAGUCAAACCAGGCCGGCUAAAACCAAUAUUAAGCAACACAAAAAGUCAUUUGACUUUUCUUGCAGCAAAAUAAAACACCACCAUAGCAACAACAUAGAGGUUAACGAUUAAAUGACCACAGUACAGCCAGAAAACACACAUUCAAGCAAAAGGAGCUGCACAGGUGUAGGCCUACAACUUUUAGUGAAACACACGAGUAAAUUUGUUUGUUGUUCUCACCCUAGUCAUGUGUAUGGGGAAGUCAAUCUGCUCAAUCUGCUGCAGGAUCAACUUCUCUUCUCGUUUAGUAGUCCACAUUUUUCAAACUUGUUGAGCGGAUCACAGAAGCACAAAGUUCCACACACCUCACUGAAGAUGGAAGUUUCUCUGCAAGGAUCCGACAUUAGCAUAACCACCGCACCUAGCAUGUUUGGAAGAACAGCGUGCACCUGUGGGUGUGUUUGAUUUUGGCCACUUUAGGGUGCUGGCCGGUGUUGUGCAGUUGCUUUUAACACGUGUUUAAUUAAGUUAUGUGUUUCAGUAUGGGUGACUUGACACUGGUUCCAAGUUGAGUACAGUCGCUGUGUUGCUGCGUCGUUGAGACAGAGGAGGAGAGGAUAAGAAAGUGGCUUUGAAAGAGACCCUUCACCCCCAUCCUUCUGCGUAAAGAAAAGGAAAGAGAGGCGUGUUUCUACUUUUCAAAUAACAGACUUAAAGGAAAGUACUGGGACUGGAUCAAGGCGGAAAACUCAUCUGUCUGAACUGUUCCUCCUUGGAUGUAUAAGAAGACGGGAGUUGUUCUGAUCUGAGCCCCUUCGGAAAUGAGCCACACAGUGGAUGUGAAGGAAAGUGACGGAAAGUGAUUCAAGAGGAAGAAUGAUAUCUGCAGGAAUCCCACAUCUCCUUUCUGAUUUUAUUACUUUCUUUUAGCCGGGUUGAUACUUAGCACCUUUCAAAUUAUCUAAUUUGCAUCCACCCAGCAUACCUCAGCUUGUUUAACCUCACUCAAAUUAAAUAUUGCUUCAGCUGUAAUGGCAUGUGCAUCCCAGCUUGUAACUAAUUAAACCAGUUUUAAACUCAAUUCCCUUUUUUCUGAUCUUAUUUGAUACAAUUGACUUUUGAACAUGGCCAUCAACACGGACACCGACUUCCUGAAGUCCAAUUUGGGAGGAGGCACGCAGCCUGCACAUCCCCACGAGACUGAGAAACUCCUCGCGCUGACCACCGAGCCCGCGGGACAUGGGAUGAAGAUGUCCACCUCCUUCACCGUCAACAUGGACACUGACAAGGGCCAGGAAGCCGACCAGAAUGGCCACAGUGUGUCGGUGAGGUCAGGCUCCGCCGGGCAGCUGGGUGCCGCCGCCCCCCUCUCCCCCUCCAAGGCCAGCCUGAGCCGCUCCUCCAUCGGGAACGCGACCGUGCAGGAGACCCCGAAGCCCAAGGAUUACCUCAUCCUCGUUAUCUUGUCCUGCUUCUGCCCCGUGUGGCCCGUCAGCAUCGUGGCACUGGUGUUCUCCAUCAUGUCCAGAAACAGCCUACAGGGGGGGGAUAUGGACGGGGCCAAGAGGCUGGGCCGACUCGCCCGCCUGCUCAGUAUCGUCUCCAUCGCCCUGGGGGUCAUCAUCAUCGUGGUCUACGUCUCAGUUUCAGUAAGCUAAAACUGAGGGGGAAACAUUUACCGUGAAAGUCGAACCACGGAUGCAACAAAAGGGGAUAAGCCGUUCGGAUAAAAAAAGAAAAAGAAAUACAAUUCCUUACUCCAUGCCAUAUUGUAAUUACAUCAUCACCGACCUCAGAAAGCAACAAACAAAAUGGUCAACUAACGAAAGCAAGUUAACAAAUAAAUACAUUCAGAGAAAAAUCCAGAGAUGCAUGCAUUAGAAUCCAGUAACGAUUGCUUGACAAAAAUAACAAGAAACCUGAAGUAACAAUGUUCAGGUUAAAACAGAGGAAACAGAAAAUGAUGAUUGUAUGCAGCCUGGAGGACUCAUAAAGGUUCCUUGAAAAAAUGGACUUCCUAAAACGAAGAGGACGAUCAACGCUUGAGAGAGAGUGAAGAAGAAACUGUGUGCUCCUUUGAGAAACUGAUUCUGGGUUUGGGCUUCAAACGCCGGACAGCUUCAUAUAAUCCACAUAUAUUCCUUACUGAACCUCUUGCAUUUAAAGCAUAUACAGCUUCAAAUAUAUUUGAAAUAUGGAUAUAUGAACAUAUAUAUAUAUAUACAAUAGAUGUACAAUUUAUAAAAAUGUUUGUAUGCCAAGUGGUGCUGGGUUUGUUAAGAUUGUUACGAUGGCUGCUUCGUCAGCCCUAUUAUCAGUAGAAUUUCAAGGGUUUGUGAAAAGGGGCAGGGAACACGUUUUUAAUUGUGUUAUUUAUUAUCAUUUUUCCACAAAAAACAAGGUUGAGACCAACUGCAUGCCUCAAUGUAGAUUACCAACAUCCUGCCUUCGUUUUGACUGUUAUUAGUUGUGUCUUCUUUUGAAGGAGUCAGAGAGGCCGACAGGUUUGCACAUGAAGAGUGAUUUGUGUACGUUAUGUGAGUCCAGCCGCUGUAGAGUGUGUAUCACCCCUCGCCCCUUUGUGUCUCCAGAAUAUCUUGAACCUUGCCCUGCUCUGGCAGAGACUGAAACGCAUGCCUAACACCCCAAAAACCUUCUUUUCCUUUCACAUCUCCCUAUCUUCAACACAAAGCCUGAUGAAGUGGCUUCAGUUCUGUCUCAUCUUAUUCCCUUAAACUCCAUUUUAGAUUCUACCUUUGUACAUUAUAGUGUUAUAGUUCCUAAUUUCCAUUCUUACAUUGACUGUUAAAUGCCACUGAAUGUUUUUCUGCUUCUUGUAUUGUUAUGAAAUGUAUUUAUAUGGGAAAUAUAUAUGCAAUAUGUACGCAUGUUAUAUGCUAAACAGGCUUACACAUUUAUUUUUUGUAAAUGAACAGGCCUAAGAGUUUGACUGAGUAACAACAAAUAGCAUUUAAAGAACCAGUCUUUGAAACCCGA